GAGAGGUGCUCCUCUUGUUGGAAGCCAGUGGCGGCUGGUGCUUUGCUGUGAUACGUUAGCGUUAUUGCAGGUGGGAGCAGCGUUCAGGAGGAUGCCAGUCUGGAUACAAAAGUGCUUUCAUUGGGGAAGAUGGAGCUAGUGAGGCCCCAGGUGAUGCUUAUGAGAGCUGGAAGAUGGAUGUUUGGUGUGAAGAGACCCCCAACUGCAGAACUUACCCCCAAGUGUAUGUAUGCAGUUCCCACAGAUCUGCUCCUGCAGACGUCCCUCCAGCUCUCUGCAUUUCUGUGGCCACAAGGCCAAGGGCUGCAAGUGGAUCAGACUGGCAGUGUCCUGAGAGGCGGCGCAAAUGGAGGAGUCAAGCUCUAUUAAAUUAGCAGUGAAUUGAGGGGAAACCUGCCUAAUUGGCACAAGUGACUCCAAGACCCUCUGUCACACACUACGAAUGAGUGAGCCAGGAUGGCUGGGGCAUGCCCUUCGCUCUUACCCUCUCAGGCCUAGUGCAUGGGUGAUCAUUCUUUGCAUUUACUAGUUCCCAGAGAUGUUGUCAGUUGCCCUGUGCUCACCAGAGUGAACUGGCAGAGGACGGAGAUGACCAGCAGCAGCUUGGUGAAGGGUUCUCCUCUAGAAACUGGAGUGCAACUACCGUGAAGAUGGAGAAUACAAAUGUCCUCAGCCUGAGCAGCCCUGCACCAGGGCCUGCCACAGCUGGAUCUGUAGCCCGAUAGCACAGGGCCUGUUUCUGGAGUGGGUGAGCGCUCGUCUCGGCCACAACAGGCUGCUCCUGUUAAGAUCUCUCAUGAAACUCGAUGCAAAGGUGCUCGCUCUGCUGUCCUGCAAACUACAGGUGCAGCCUUCUCUGCCCCUCCAGGAGAUCCCUACCACAGGCAGCAGAGCCCCCCUCUCUGCUUGCUGAAGUAUCCCCAGGGUGGGAUGUGAGGAGAGCAGGGGGGGGAUAAAUGGUCUUUUGACCCCUGGCUCCCAAGGAACUGCAGCCACCAGCCCAGCCACGGCGCAUCACAGCCCUGGGUCGCUAGUGAAUGAGGCAUGCAAGCGCUGAUGGGAAAGCACUAGUCGUCUGGCCACACGAAGUCUCUGAGGGGGCCCAGCCUGUAGCCUCUUCCAGGCAGAAAGCUUGACUGUUCUCGCCUUGUUCAGCCCGAUGCCAGGAGCCAAGGACGCUGGUCACUUGUUGCUGUCAGCAGCAUGCCUGGGGCCUGAGCAGAGGUAGCACCCUGAGGAGCCUGACUGUCUGGAGCGAGGUCUUGGCGGGGAUGGGGAAGCUGCCCCAUCCGGGCUGGUGAGCCCCACAGUGGUGGUGUCAGCUCCCCAAAGGAUGUCAGCGUCCUCUCUGAAAGCCACUCUCCAUGCAGCCUCCCAGUGCACAGUGGUGAUGGCGCUGCCAGGCUUCUCAUGGACCGUACUUCUGCUGCUCUGCACCCUGGAGCAGCUGGGGGCUCUGGCCAUGCACACAGAGGCUGAGGGGCCAGGCCUGGAGCAGCCGGGGGCCCUGGCCAUGCACACGGAGGCCGAGGGGCCAGGCCUGGAGCAGCCGGAGGCCCUGGCCAUGCACACGGAGGCUAGGGCUCCAGGCCUGGAGCAGUCGGGGGCCCUGGCCAUGUACAUGGAGGCCAGGGGGCCAGGCCUGGAGCAGCUGGGGGCUCUGGUCAUGCAUACGGAAGCCGGGGGGCCAGGCCUGGAGCAGCUGGGGGCCCUGGCCAUGCACACGGAGGCUGGGGGGCCAGGCCUGGAGCAGUCAGGGGACAGCAUGCUGCUGGCAGGUGGACGUGUGAAGCGCGGCUGGGUGUGGAACCAGUUCUUUGUGGUUGAGGAGUACACGGGCACGGAGCCGCUCUACGUGGGAAAGAUCCACUCGGACUCGGAUGAGGGGGACGGGUCCAUCAAGUACACCAUCUCCGGGGAGGGCGCAGGAACCAUCUUCCUCAUUGACGAGGUCACAGGCGACAUCCAUGCCACCGAGCGCCUGGACAGGGAGCAGAAGACGUUCUACACGCUGCGGGCACAGGCCCGGGACCGCCAGACCAACCAGCUGCUGGAGCCGGAGUCUGAGUUCAUCAUCAAGGUGCAGGACAUCAACGACAGCGAGCCCCGUUUCCUGGGGGGGCCCUACAUUGGCAGCGUGGCCGAGCUGUCCCCCAUAGGCACGUCCGUGAUGCAGGUGAUGGCAUCAGAUGCCGAUGACCCCACGUACGGCAGUAGUGCCAGGGUGGUGUACAGUGUGCUGGAAGGGGAGCAGCACUUCACAGUGGACAGUAAAACAGGUGUGAUCCGGACGGCAGUGGCAAAUCUGGACAGAGAAACUCAGGACCGGUAUGAAGUGGUGAUCCGAGCCACGGACAUGGCAGGGCAGCUUGGUGGCCUGUCUGGAUCCACCACAGUCACAAUUGUGAUCACAGAUGUUAACGACAACCCUCCACGAUUCCCACAGAAGAUGUACCAGUUCAGCAUUGUGGAGACUGCCCUUGUGGGCACUGCGAUCGGGAGAGUGAAGGCGGAGGACUCGGAUGUGGGGGAGAACACAGACAUGAUGUACCAGAUCAAAGAUGAGGAGGGGGUGCAGAUGUUUAAAGUCACCACAGAUAGCAACACCCAGGAGGCGAUCAUCACCGUGCAGAAGCCCCUUGACUAUGAGGCCAAGAUGGUUCACACUGUGGUGGUGGAGGCCCUGAACAAGUUUGUGGACCCGAGGUUUGUGGAUCUGGGCACGUUCCGAGAUCAAACCAUUGUGCGGGUCUCUGUGCUGGAUGUGGAUGAGCCCCCAGAGUUCCGGCCCCCCUCCGACCUGAUGGAAGUCCAGGAGGAUGCCUAUGUUGGCUCUGUGGUGGGAGUGGUCACCGCCCUGGACCCCGAUGCUGCAAACAACCCUGUCCGAUAUGCCAUCGAUCACAACACCAACCUGGAGAGGAUCUUUGACAUUGAUGCAAACACAGGCACCAUUGUGACAGUCAAAGUCCUGGAUCGGGAGACGGCAGGGUGGCACAACAUCACGGUCCUGGCAAUGGAAGCAGACAAUCGUUCUCAGGUGUCUAGAGCAUCUCUGCAUAUCCGAAUCCUGGAUGUGAACGACAACCCACCCGAGCUGGCCAUGCCGUACGAGGCUGCGGUAUGUGAAGAUGCCAAGCCCGGCCAGCUAAUUCAGACAAUAAGUGUCGUGGAUCGUGAUGAGCCUCAGAGUGGCCAUCGCUUCUACUUCACACUGGCCUCGGAAGCCACCAACAACCACCACUUUUCUCUGCUGGAUAUCCAGGACAACACAGCCGCGGUGCACACGCAGAGAGUGGGAUUUAACCGCCAGGAGCAGGACAUUUACUUCCUUCCCAUUCUGGUGGUGGACAGUGGGCCUCCUGCCCUGAGCAGCACGGGGACUCUGACCAUCCGGGUGUGUGGUUGUGACAGCACAGGGGCCAUCCAGUCCUGUAACAGCACAGCCUACGUCAUGUCAGCAACGCUGAGCCCCGGAGCGCUCAUUGCACUCUUGGUUUGCAUCCUCAUCCUGAUCGUGCUGGUUCUCCUAAUCCUCACUCUGAAGCGACACCACAAGAGCCACCUGACAUCAGAGGAGGAUGAGGACAUGAGGGACAAUGUCAUCAAGUACAAUGAUGAGGGGGGUGGGGAGCAGGACACUGAGGCCUACGACAUGUCGGCCCUACGCAGCCUCUAUGACUUCAGUGAGCUUAAAGGCAGCGACGGCGGGGGAGGGCCAGGAGAUGGAGGCAUGACUAGUAACCUGCCCUCCGAGCUCCAUGCCCUCCCACAGUGGUUCCAGAACCCAGACCUGGACUUCUCCAUGUUCAGAGACUACAUCAGCAGGAAGGUGGAUCAGGCAGACGAGGAUCUGUCUGUCCCACCAUACGACUCGUUCCAAACCUACGCCUUCGAGGGCUCAGACUCCUCUCUCCCGUCCUUGAGCUCCAUCAACACCUGGUCCAGCAGCUCAGAACAGGACUUCUCCUAUCUGAGCAGCUGGGGGCCACACUUCCGACAGCUGGCGGCUCUCUACGCCGGGCGUAAAGGUGAGGAGGAGAGCGAAGAAUCCUAGCCACAAUUAACCAAAAACCCACAGUGAGACGGAGGCAGUGAUUUCCGGACUAGGGGAUUCUCCAGGCUUCCCAUGUCUUCGAGGGCUGCUGUAGAAGCAAGCUCAGGUCAAACAAUAAGGACAAUAUGUCAUCUAGAUAGCAGAGUCCCUGCACUACGCACCCUGGCAUGGAAGGAGAGUCAUCAAGGACCAUUUUGGACAUGGCGAGUGAUGGCUUUAUGAUGUGCUCUUCAUUAGCCGCCUCUCAUUAGAGGCUCUGUAGCACACACACAGCGAGGCUGAAGUGCCCAAAGGAGCUGUUGUUACCAUCCUAAUCGCUUUCAUAGCAAUCUCCAUUAAAGCAUUCCAUGUUAAUUUAAGAAAGAGAAAAUCUAAUUCAAGAAAAUUCGGACGGGAUUUUCCCCCACAAAUUAUCAUUUAAAUCGAUCAGUCCAAUGAGCCCAGUUAAGGAGAGGAAGAAAGAAAGAGAAGCCUUUUGUUGUCUAAAUUGUUUUUGUCACUUGAUUCAGAGCAUUUGAUGUGCUUUGAUUUUUAAGAGCUUUCCUUGCAGAACGAAACCAGCUUUUAACAUUUGUUCUGUUUUCUCCCCCUUAUAUUUACUUACUUUCCUUGUAUUUCAGUUCCUCUAGCUGUGGCAAGCUGGUGUUUCUGUGCAGAAUCCCAGCUGCUUACAGUCAGCGGAGCAGUUUACGUUUGCUGAGUUUUGGAGGUCCUGGGUGCUAGUUCCUAGGUCAGGUCCUUUUAAAGAGAGGUUUUUACAUUAGGGUCAAACAUACUUUGCUUCUGGGCUUGGGUUUCACCUCAUGGUUUUUAUUAGAAUUUUCCUAUCCAUUUUUGCCACGUAUCACAGAUAUUUGUGUUUAUGCCAACAUCUACCCCUCCUGCUUAAUCCACAGUGAAGUCAUUGUUCUGAGGCUCUGGCAUCCCAAUGAUCCCCAUGGCAACAAACUGUGAUAUCACUAAUACAGGAUUAUGACUGUGGCUGGACUGUGGGCAGUGAUGCUGAAAUGUGAAGGAGGAAGCUCUCGAGCCCAUGUCGUAGAGGUAACAGUAGAGAGAAUGCAAAGCAUCCCUAGAGGACAGCGCUUUGUGUGGGAAGUUCUCAGCCAGCCCCAGGGCCUGAUGUCUCAUGUUCGCAUGGGUUGCUGUGUACGCUCUCACAGGCACAGCACUUCAGCCGGCCUGCUGCAGCAUCCCCAAGUGAGGUAGCCUGGAUGGCUGAGGAGGGAGUGAGCCUCCUUGGCCUAUUCAGUUCUUGAGCCACAGUCUGUAACCAACAAGAGUGGCAAGUAGUGCCAGCUGCGUUUGUGGGUGCGAGGUGGAUGCGCUUUCCAGCAGGCACGGGCCUGACAACACUAACGACUCAUUUCACCUCAGCCACUGAAUGUCAGUCAGUUGAUCACAGCCUUUGAUGACAAGUCCACCCCAGCUCUGGGAGCAGACCCUGUGGAGGUGCCAGACACCACGCGCCGUCAGCAAAGCCAAGCCACGCUACACCCCAAACCCAACUUUUUGUUGUUGCUGUUGUUGCCAUUUUGCCCUAGAGUGAAAGUCCCUUCAGGUUUCCACAGAAACUGCUGGCCAAAGAGUUCUGUUUCUAUUUCAGGGCGAGCAGGGGGCUUUAGGGAAACUUACCAGAGAGUGUGAGCCAUCGGUCCCCAAGGGGGUGGUCAAAGUAUGAGCACAAUGUAGUACCAGGAAACAGGAUGGUUAAUUCGGAGCUGCCUGGCAAAGAGCAGUGCUGGGCGUUGAGAACUGGGGUCAAUGAGGUGGGAAAGCAGAGGCUGUCCGAAUGCUGUGGUCCAUGAAAUGGCAUUUGAGGGACAUACUGGGUAUCGCAGGGAUGUCUUCAGAUCAGUGACAUUCUCCGAGUAAAUCCCAGCUAACGUUUCGGAGUCCUGUUCAGCAGGGCACACAAGCAGCUUCUUGUGUAGUGCUGGCUACAGCAGCUUAUCUGCUGAUAUGGGAAAAAUCAAUGUUGUAAUUGAUACAUAACUGAUAAGGCCUGCCAAGGCUUGUCAUAGUCAUUGGGUUUGUCCCCUUAGCCUAGCCAUAGUGUUUUCUAUCCCAGUUGCCAAUUCUCUGGAAACCGUGUUUGAAUAUAAAUGUAUGUGCAUGUUCAUUUCAUAUUGUGUUCUGUUUUCCAGUAGCUUGUAUUGCUCUGAGCUGCAGAGAAAGCCCCAUGCUGUGGUAUGGAGGGGGCUAGAAGGACAUGUUAGAAAAAUAAUAGUCUCUGCCUGUUGUUCCUGCAACAACAGGUUCCCCCUCCCCUGGUGCAGCCACUCAAGGCUCACAUGCUGUUGAGCAUCUGCGUCCCCAACUCAGGUGUUUUUUGGGAGACUCCCAAGCCAGCCGGAAUUCAGCAUUUAAACUUUGAACAAGCAGAGUUGCUCAUCUCUCUGGGUCUCAGUAUGGCUACAAAGGCUGGAGGAGCUGCCCCUAUCUUGGUAUCUGUGCAAGUCUCUCAUGUCCUGGAUGCCACACAUUGUCUUGUUAGUCCUUUACUGUGAUUUUUCCCCACUGAUUUUAGAGAAGCAGCCAGAUAAAUGGCCUGUUUUGUUUACCAGGCAGUCAGACAGGCUUUACUCGGUAGCUGUUCCUCCUGCCCCCAAAGCAUCGCCUUUGAGCACGCUCAGUCACUCCCAGACAAUGCCACCAAUCCAGGAGUAAGAGAAUGGAGAAAGGCCUCUCUUUCCUCAGGAACUUUUUUGUGUUUUCCCUCUGGGACAAUGAACCACUCUGACCAAUCCCCUGCUGAACUGGUCUUUGCUUUAGGAAGGGCCUCAUGCAAUUGCCAGGGAUUGUCUAAGCAGAGGAUGCAGUCUUACAGGGUAUGUAUUCUGAAUUACCAAACUGGCUUCCACUUGUGCAUCCUGAACCAGCCAACCCCUCCCCAACACACACAACCUCUUCUGCAUUUUUAUUUUUAAUUCCAUCUGUAAAUGCAAUGGUCUGGAGCAGCCCAGCUCAGCUCCUGUCUGGUAUCAGGUUGCAGAGGUGCCCAGGCAACCCUGCUGGCUUCACUUCCACACCACACCGUGCUCAUGAGCACCCCCUAUAGGAAGGAGCUGGCAGACUGUUUGGGUGUUUGAUGGCGUCACUUUGCUUUUUUCCCUCUAUCCAAACAAAAUCAGGAGGUUGAUUUUCUCAUCCUUGUUAUAUUGUCAAGGUCUUUUUAGG